AUGUCUCUAAUGUUUGACGGAAAAGCAAUUGCUACCGGUGAUGAUGAUGCAAACAAGACAGCAUCUAUGACACUUCCGCACAUCAAGGGUGCAGGAGCAGUUAUGGAAAUUCCUCGCGGCCGUCCAUUCGCACCUAUGCUCACAGCAGACGCAGAAUGUGCUUUCCGUACUGAUAAUCAUGCUUGGUUGUCUGCAUGGAAGAAUGAAUCUAUAUUUCAGGCUGGUCCCAGUAAAGCAAUAAACUGGUAUAGAAAAAGAGGUACUGGCUCUCAAACAGCUGCAGGCCUCCGCGCUUCGGAUGCAGACUCCAUGUGUGGAAUUGCAAUCAUAGUUAUGGAAUCCUACAACACAAUCCUUUACAAUUUUACCUCCUCAUACCAUAUCAAGAACUAUUACAGUAUAGCCCUUCUCAUGCUCGAUGGAAGGAUCUUCACCGGCGGCAGAGGAUUAUGCGGAUCGAGCUGCGCCACAUACCACGACGAUGCACAAAUUGACAGUCCAGCCUACCUCUCCGCCUUCAACAGAAUAGCGGCCAUCCGUACUGCUAUCUCCUCAGUUACAUCCACUAUUGCUGUAGGGGUACCCCCACAAUCACAACCAACACUGCUCUAA